UGUACUUGAUUUUGUGUAAGCAUUGCAUCAACCAAACGUUCUAAAAUAAAAAGUUUCAACAGGCUUUACUUUACUCAUACAUAUUAAUAUACUGGAAACGGGCAAUCCAUUCCAGAGAAAAAAAAUGCUUUUCGUCAAAUUGCUUUUUAUUCUUUUCAUUGGGAAAUGUUUUGAAAACGUGAUAUUUGCUGCUUACAAUCCAUUGCUAACUUACACAAUACGAUUUCAUAAAGUGUCAUUUCAACCGAACUUCACUGGAAAUUAUACAAUUGACAAGUAUAGAGAAAAAGAAUUCAUUAACGGAUUUCUUUCACUUGACUCACCACAAACAAUAGACAAAAUUGUCGUAGUAUUUCAACGUUGUAAUCCAGAAGGCGUGAACUGUGAGUAUUUCCAAUCAUGGUCAAUGACAGAUCUUUGUCCUAAAUUAAGGGACAAGAACCAAAUAUGGUCCAGUUGGUAUGGAGCAUUUGAUCCGACGCCGAUUUGUCCAGUAAAAAAAGUGGAUUCUUUUAUAAGAAAUGGAACUAUUGAUUUUGCUCAAGCAGUUCGAUGGUAUCCUGAUGUCGUUAACUAUCAAUGGAAAGUGACGCAAAAGUUUUAUGCCGGUGAACGUUAUAUAGGUACUUACACAUUUGAAGUAUCAGUGUUUGGCUACAGGAAAAGAAACAAAAAACCAUCAAAACAAUAAAAUGUAAUAUCAUUUCAAGUAUUUUAGUAUUUUGAAAUUUAUUUAACCAUUACCGUACUAUAUCAUUUUAUUAAAAACCACACUUACAACUAUUUAUAUUCUGAAACUAAGUAAUAUAAUAUAUUUUUAUCAUCUUAUUAUUAUUUGUGUGUGCUUACAUAAUUUAGCUUGGAACAAUGGUGUUAUUAUACUCAUUAUUAAUA